CAGCAACAGCAGCAGCAGCAGCAACAAGCGCACCGAUCUGAUCGGGGAUCGAGAGACCGCCCGCAGUCAUACGGUGGGAAUCCCAGCAACACCCUGAGGCCACCAGAUCCACGUCAAUCCAAUGUCCACAAUCCGCGGACUGCUAUGACUGGGGGUGACUUUUCCGACUUCGGAUCGAGGCAUUACUUUGUAGGCCAGAACCAGUCAGAUAGCGCAAUGGCCAGUCAAUCCUACCGUACAAAUGCAAUUGACCCUGCAUAUGGUGGUGGCGGAAAUGUGGUGACUCACGUUCCGCCGGGACCAGCUACGAUGGCUGUUAUGUCUCUGGACGAGUCGCAGGGGGUGGUACAACUGAAUCCGCAGGAUUCCUUUGCAGCAUCGUACUCCGUGGUUGCAAAGGAAGGGGACGAUGACCCAGAAGAUCCCUUCAACAAAUUUUGGGAGGCAGUCGAGAAUCUAGUAGAGAAAAUUUCGAUUCCAAGUCCGGUGGCCUUUGCCACCGCUCCGAUAGGGAACUCGCCGCAUAUGCAAGUCAGUGAGAGAUACGAGUUUCACAAAGAUGCAAAUCAAGGCUCGUUGGGCGCUUCACUACGCAGCACACAGAUGUUGAAUUCGUAUCUGGUCGUGCCGCCGGGUGAUGGACAUCCGUUGAUGGCAUCACGCUCCACUGUGCUGUCGAAUUCAACCAAUCCCACAUUCAACCCGCCGGUGUUCUACAAUGCUGCUGGGCAAGUGGUAGAUAAUGAGAUGCAGGGCUUUGGUGGCAGUGUGGAGUCAAACUACUUUGGACAGAGCGGAAAUGGCGGACCAAUGGGGUCAGAUAACUCCAUGAGCAAAAGUGCGAGGCGGAGAUCUGGGUCACUGAUAGGCACCAGCUCGACGCAAGGCAUGGGGCGAGAGUACGGCGGCAUGCGUGGCCAGGAUUCCAUGGCGAAUCAGGCGAUCGCGGGCACUAACAAGACGCACGAAGAGUUGGUUCUCGAGAACUUUCAGCUCAAAAAGACAUUGAACGCGCUAACCCACAAAGUGUCAUUCCUGGAACGUGCGGCCGAGGAAAACAACUUGCUCAAGUCUUCGAUCAUGCAGUUUCGACAAGAUGUUCGACGGCAAGCGUCGACGAGGGGCAGACGAAACAUGGGCCGGUCGAUGACCACAGGCCGAGAGGACGGCAGGGAGCGCGAAAGGGAACUGGAAGCCCGCAUUCGGACGCUGGAGGAAGAGCUCGUCCGCGUCCGCGACGAAGGAGAGAGGCUCAACGCCGCCAUGGGCAAGUACAAGGAGCGGUGGGCCAAACUCAAAGAGUCGGCCAAACGCAAGAAAGAGGCAGCCAGCGUCCCCACACCUGGCGGUCCCUCCUCCGACGUGCCGAAACCGUGCCCGUCCCCAUCCCCAUCCCCGUCAAUGCAACCAUCGCCUUCCAUGCAAAACCUGUACGGAACAACGCCACCGUCCGACACAUCCCACACAUCGCCAUUCCAAGCGCCAUAUGGGACGUCGCCGGCAGAUGACGGCUUGCGGGGCCUUGUCGGCAUGAGGAGAGGCAGUAAUACCAGCCAAAACAGUAUGGGCGGCGCUGGGAUCACUCACAGCACACGGCACAUCAUCAAUUCCUCCGUUUCCGGCACCAGCGGCGCCGGCGGGCCCGUGGCCGCUAGCGCCACGCCAUCCGGGGGCGGCGGUGGCGGAGUAGGAGGAGGAGGCAGCGCCGCCCUUCAAACAUCGGCCUACACAAACCCUGACGAUCGAUCGUCGUUAUCUUCGGCGAGUCGCAGUCAGAUGCAUGGUGGUAACUUUGCGGGCGACAGGUCGUUGUUUUACUCGGCAACCAGUGGAUUUGGUUUCGAUUGAUCAAGUGAGAAUGCGCCCGCCCUUGCAUUGACUACGGCGCUGAACGGCAGGAAUGGUGCGGCUGGCGGUGGUCAUCUGUUUCUGUAAAUGAAUGUAGUUUUGUAGUUUCUCCGCUUUCCAAAGCUUGUGCCGUUAUUCCAUCAAUGUAUGAGCCGCCCUUGUUUGAUGGGUCUUUUUACAAGUUUUCUGAAACAAAUGAAAAAGUGGA